AUGUAUUCUAAACAACACAAACCCAGGCGGAUACCUUGGUUGGACAUCACAGGCAUAUCGCUCAUCACCCUGGUCUUCAUAAUCCUUUGCGCCACGCUGCUACCAUGGAAGAAGACGACAUCAACCACCAUAGGAAAGCCCAACAUCUGUCCGAAUCGACCACCAAGUCCCGCCUUCGUACCGAACACCCAAGGACGGUAUAACUGGAGAGAUUACCCAGCCAAGUAUCCAGUCGAGUCGUACGCUUCUCUGCCUACAGACGAGCCGGCGCCCAUUCCAAGGAUCCAGUUCAAGUUCGGACGGUCGACGCCUGCAGAACAGAAAAAGAGACUUGAACGACAGGAGGCCGUCAAGGCGACUUUCAAGCGAUGCUGGCAAGCAUACAAAGACUUCGCGUGGACGAAAGACGAACUGAUGCCAAUGUCGGGUGGCUCGAGAGAAACCUUUGGCGGUUGGGGAGCCACUCUUAUCGACAGCCUCGACACGCUCUGGAUCAUGGGACUGCAGGAGGAAUUUGCAGAAGCUGUCGAGGCGGCCGUCAUGGUUGACUUCUCGCCCAAGGGUGGAGAGAUCAACAUGUUCGAGGUCAUCAUCCGCUACCUUGGAGGCUUCAUCGGCGCAUACGACGUCUCCGGCUGCUUUGACCAGCGCCUGCUGAACAAAGCCGUUGAGGUCGCAGAUAUGGCGUAUGCUACGUACGACACGCACAACCGGAUGCCAGUGACUCGAUGGGACCCGCAGAAAGCCGUCGACGGCGAGGAACAGCUCCCCCCGUACUCUGGAUCCAUCGCCGAGCUGGCAUCCGCCAGCCUGGAGUUCACACGCCUCUCGCAGCUCACUGGCGACAUGCGGUACUUCGACGCGGCGAAGCGCAUCACGGACGUUCUCCACGCGCAGCAGAACCUCACUCGUCUACCGGGCAUGUGGCCCAAGGACAUCGAUCAGCGGAUGCCGAACCUGAAAGUCGGCGUCGAGUACACGCUCGGCUCGAUGGCGGACUCAGCCUACGAGUACCUCCCCAAGAUGUACCAACUCCUCUCUGGCCGCGGCGACGAAGCGAACCGAUAUCUCGACAUGUACACCUACGCCAUGUCCACCGCCAUCAACGCAACGCUCUUCCGCCCAAUGCUGCACGACAACGCGGACAUCCUCUUCGCAGGCACCCUCGACAAAGGCAAACGCCUCAACAUCGGCAUGCACCUCUCCUGCUUCGUCGGCGGGAUGCUGCUCCUCGGCGGACGCCUCUCCUCAAACACCACGCACGAGUCCCUCGGCCUUAAAGUCACCGACGGCUGCGUCUACACCUACCACUCCACGCCCUCUGGCAUCAUGCCCGAAGAAUUCUCCAUGACCGCCUGCCCCUCCCUCUCCGCCUGCCCCGUCACCGGCAUCCCGUCCUCCUCCUCCCCCUUCGACCAAGUCCUCGACCCCCGCUACAUCCUCCGCCCUGAGGCCAUCGAAGCCGUCUUCUACGCCUACCGCGUCACAGGCGACACGGCCUACCAGGACGUCGCGUGGGCGAUGUUCGAAGCCAUCGACACGCACACGCGGACGAGCAUCGCGAACGGCGCGGUCGCGGACGUGAUGAGUGAGAGUCCGGGGACGGAGGAUAGCAUGGAGAGCUUUUGGCUCGCGGAGACGUUGAAGUAUUUUUAUUUGGUGUUUGCGGGCGAGGAGGUGUUGGGGUUGGAUGAGUGGGUUUUUAAUACUGAGGCGCAUGCUUUUAGGAUACCUGGGGGAGGUGGGGAGACGUGA